ACAGAACCCCCCAAGCUCCAGCAACAUCACUCCCUCGUCCCAGGCCAAGAGCCAGAGGGUCUCCUGGGUCAUGCCCACCCACCGCACCAGGUGAGGGGGCAAGGGAACAGCACGGGUUGUGGCCGUUUUGGUUUCAAUUCCUGUACUGGCCGUGUGGACUGUGGAUUCAACCCCAUCUGUUGUUGACUGUGUCUGAGAAUGGAGCAUUUUUUUUUUUUUUUUGCAAUGUGUUUAUAUUGACACAUCUCAAUGUGUUGUUUCAGGUUGUCAUCUGGCGCCCUGCAAAAUGGACAUGGUAACAUCAUUUUCAUUACCAAAGCUUUCAUUUUCAUUUGGUUGUUCCAAGACCAUGACCACAUUGUUUGCAUGUAGGUACAGUAUUAGUUAGAUGGGACUGCUUUGUUUUGAUCUGUAACCUCUGACCCAUGCAGCCCAUAAGGAGGAGGGGGCAGGAGACCACUCUCACAUGAACGGCCAUGUUGACCUGAAGAGGAGCUGCCGAGUGAGGAAGAGCCAGUUUGAACACCUCAACCAGAGCCUGCUCUUUGACCAGCUCGUCAACAGGUAACACACACACGUUUGUUUUAUGAUCCUUGUGGGUACCAAACAAUUGAUUCCUAUUCAAAAUCCUAUUUUCCCUAACCCAAACCUCUUAACGCUAAUUCUAACCAUAACCCUAAUUGUAAACCUAAACCUAACCCCUAAGCCUAAAAUAGUAUUUUUCUUUGUGGGGACAGGCAAAAUGAAUUUUCCUUGUUUUAUUAUGGUAAUUCAUAUUAACAGAACAUGCAACGCUGUGCAGUCCUUCUUACCGAAUUCUGAUGUGUACUUUGAACAUGUUAGAAUAACUGUCCACAUGUACUUUUCCUCAGCUAACAUGACGAGUAACGAACAGCAAAAUCACUAGCCUAUGUCAAUCUACGAUAUUAGAAAAGUUUAGGCUACCUAUUCUAUUGGUCAGCUUGUCGAGAAAGAAAUAUUCCAAACAGACUCUGGGACAGUUGGGGGACGAUAUAUCCCAAAUCCAUCCAACCAGCAGGCCUCGGCUACAUUAAGGAAAAACUGUUCAAAAGCAAUGAGUUUGAUGGAACAGAUCAGAACAUUUAUCUUAAAAUGUUGAUAAAAUAUUAUUUCUUCACAUUAUAAGCUCAGCAAUACGCACAAGGCAGUAGACUAGGUGUGAGUGUUCAUUCUAUAAUGUAAUUAGAGGAAAAACACUGUUGUCAAAAGGGCCCUGCACAUGUGAGCAGUUUCAUGUGACAGAGAUGAAAAUAUCCAUUAGAAACGGUAUUCCAACUCGGGCCUCUUUCUAGAGCUCUGACUUUCCGGCCUGAAGAUCACUGACGUCAUGGUUUGACCUCGUACUUUUCAGAGUUCCUAUUUGUCUUGAAAGCACCACAAGAUGCUGCAGCUCUGGCACUGUCUGACAGAUUCUCCACUCAAAGGCUCUGUAUCUGUAUGCUGUACGCGUGUGAUAAAUAAGAUUCAUAACAAAUAUACUGUACACACGCUCCAAUUUCAUUCCACUAAAUUAUGCAGAUUAACCUAUAGACCGUUAAGCAUGACCAGUCAAAUGUAUUUCCAUCGACUGGUAUUUCCACCAAUCCAUAGGCUACAAAACAUCAUUUCGUAAUGGGAUUUUUUUUUCUUCUUCUUUCCAGACAAUCGGCCAGAGCCAAUUUUGUUUAUCGUCUUUUCGAUUUUUUUAUCAAACAUAAGCUGGCUAUUACCGGCUAACGGAAACACACACACACACCUCAACCAGAGGUCAACCAGAGGUCAACAUUUCUACCAGACAGGCUUCAUAGUCGAACUGAGCAUUUUGAAAGAUGUAAUAUUUGACAAAAUAAUGAAUGUGUAUGACGUGGUGGUGGAUCUGUAAAACAACGUGAAAACUGCUACGAGGUGGGCAGUAUGAAUCUCAUUGUUUAAUGGUUGGCAGACUGGUGAAAAGUGAUGGGUAGAUAUGAAGGUGUGUAACGUGAUGAACGGCUCAGCCUUACUGGUAGAACUUCGGUAAACUCAUUCAUAUGCAUCUGUGUUGGAUACUUACGAUGACGAUGUGUGUAUUGUCAGCACGGCGGAGGCAGUGCUUCAGGAGAUGGACAACAUCAGCAGCAUCAGACAGAACAGGGAGGUGGAGAGACUCCGCAUGUGGACUGACACUGAGGUGGUGAGUCUGCCAAUCAAUCUGUAUUAUUCCAUAAAUAAAAUGCACCAUGGCAACAUGAAAGUGGGUUGUUGGUGGACGUUAUGAAGGCAGGCCAGCUAGCUAAACCUGCGUUUCCUCCACUCCUGGUCUUCUAGGAAAACAUGGACAUGUAUUCUCGUGUGAAGAGGAGGAAGUCACUGCGCAGGAACACCUUUGGCAUGCAGGCUCACCACAAAGCCAUGAGCAAGACGGAGGAAGAGGAGGAGGAGGAGGAGGAAGAGGGUACUGAAGGUUUGACUUAGUUUGGAUUACUUGUAAAUCUGUGCAGAGACUGUGAGAACUGUAGUUUUGUCAUAGCGACAGGUCGGUGGCGCAGUGGUCUAAGGCACUGCAUCGCUGUGCUAGAGGCGUUGCUGCAAACCCGGGUUCGGUCCCAGGCUGUGUCGUGACCGGGAGACCCAUGAGGUGGCGCACAAUUGGCCCAGCGUCGUCCGGGUUAGGGGAGGGUUUAGCCUCUGUGAUGUCCCAGUCCUAUCGCGCACUAGACUCCUUGUGGUGGGCCGGGCGCAUGCACGCUGACUUCGUUCGCCAGUUGUACGGUGUUUCCUCUGAUACAUUGGUCCGGCUGGCUUCCGUGUUAAGUGAGCAGUGUGUCAAGAAGCAAUGCUUGGCAGGGUCGUGUUUCGGAGGACGCGUGGCUCUCGACCUUCGCCUCUCCCGAGUCUGUACGGGAGUUGCAGUGAUGUAACUACCAAUUGGAUAUCACGAAGUUGGUGAGUAAAAAGUACCCCCCCCACCCCCCAAAAAAAGUAUAUUUUUCUUGUUUACUUUGUCUCAGAGUCUCAUGGGGAAGAGGAGGAUGAUGAAGCGGAGGAUGAGGAUGAUGAUGAUGAUGAGGAUGGAGACGAGGCAGAGGAGGUAGGAGAGGAGAAUGACAGACCGUACAACCUGAGGCAGCGCAAGACUGUACAGAGAUACGAGGCGCCACCUAUUGGUAAAGAAAAAAACAGAUUAUUUUGUGAUUUUUGCCAUCACUAAGGGCCAGUUUCCCGGCCCCAGAUUCACCAUUAAGCUUUUAGUCAAGGAGUAGUAGGCUGUAUCUGGGUCUGGGAAACUGGCCCUCUAAAUUGCCUGAAGCUUUCCUUUUCUUGCAUGAAACCAUUUCCUGGUAGUCUUUGCUUUAUACCUCUAGAGGACUGCUGCUUUUUAACAUCUUCUGUCUCUAUGAUUGCAUUCUAGAGCCCGUCAACAGAAAACAAACCAAUCCCUCACUGUUUGACACCCACAGAUCCCCAGCUAGGAGAAGCCAUAUACGGUUGGUCUUGUACCCAGCGUGAACAAUUAUUUAUAAGAAAAACACUGCUUACCUAUACAUUAACAUGGUGUAAUAUGGAGCGAUCUGUCUUUUUUCUCCCCCCCUCCCGUGGUCCAGAGUGAAGAAGCAUGCUAUCCACAGUAGCGACACCACGUCGUCGUCUGACGAGGACAGAUUCGAGAGGAGGAAAAGCAAGAGCAUGAACCGGGCCAGGAACAGGUGAAUACCUCUCCUCCUUUUUCUCUGUCACUCACCUAGUGGAUUUUGAUAUACCAUACAAUGCAUACAUGUAUUUUCACUAGUUCACAGCACUUUCCAUUCACCACCCAUAAUGUAUGUACAUAUGGUGGUGAUACAUAGGGUUGUGGCGGUCUUAAAAUUUUGUCAGCCGGUUAUCGUCAUGCAAAAGACUGCCCGUCUCACAGUAAUUGACCGUUAAUUAAAAUAAACUCUCCAGGCCAAUUUAAUAUACACCAUCACUAUAAAUGCAUAAAUUAUUUUAGUCAGGUCUAAAGAAACAUUAUGAUAUGAAGAAAAUGUAUUUCAGAAGAACAGAAUAUGAGUUGGCUUACUGUAUGUUAUCUGGCUAUGCUCCAUGCCAUAGGCUAUAGGCUUGUUAAUUUAGCUGAUAAGAUAUGCUUAAGUCCCGUGCCAUAUUUUUUUGGUAAGAAGAAUAUAAUUGAACUUAGCUGUAAAAAAUAUAAUGUUAUUUUUCCUGUUACGGUGCGAGUAUGACAUGGCUAUAUUGAGCGUAAAAGCGAUCACUUGAAACGGGUCCUAUAUGCUAGAUUUAGAGUUAUUUGGCAACUUUAGUUGUGAAUGAUACACACCUUAGAAUGUCUUAGAAAUCAAAACAUAUAUGAGCUGCAUGGUGCGACUCGGAUAUCGAUGAUUUGGGAAAGAAGCAGAAAAAAGCUUGCACUCUGUUCCUUGCCUCAGGCUGCACAGCUGUUCUCUCAUCAAGUGAUUUUCACCCAUCAGACUAUUCUCAAUGUAAUCUUGUCUUUACUAAUAUGUCAAAUGAGUUUCGAUUUAGAAUGGGCCAUUAUCAAAUGGGCAGGGGAAAAAAUACAUGUUGUCUGUAUGCACUCGAAUAGGCAAUGGAGGCCGCGAGCUUUCCCGCCGGUCCGUUUUUAUAGGCUACUUACUUCUGUUUUAUAGCGGAGCAUGUGCUUCAUAUGAGCAGCUGAGAAAUAAAUACAUAAACACUUAUUUCAAUCCACGCGUCAACCAUUGUUUGAGGAGCAUGCUCUCGCUGCCUGAUAUGUUAUAUUUCACCCAAACUCUGUAUGCCAUGGGCUCUCCAACCUUGUUCCUGCAGCCACCCAGUGCUUAAUUUGGGAAACCAAGUGAAAUCUGUUUGGGAACAUCAAUAGUAACAUGUUUUCGCAACGAAACACAUUUCACUAAAUUUGUUGAAAGCCCGUCUGCGUGCUCGAGAAAGGAAUAAAGGAGAGAGGGGAGAUGGAAGCGCAUGGUGGUGAGAUAUUCUGUAUAGCUAAAGGUAAUGUCACUCAAUUAUGGGGGAGAAAAAAAUUAAAUAAAUAUUACUAGGUUAUUCAAAAUCAAAUACAAAUGCACUAAUUGUAGGCUACCUGUAAGCCGCCCUACACAAUCAAUGAACCAACAGCAUCGCCUAUGGCUAUACAUUCUCUCCCAGACUCAUGGAUAUACAUUUUGGAGCGUAGCAUAAGGUAACCAGUCCAUCCAGUAUGCAUAAUAAUACAAUCCACACUCCAAGGCUAGACUAAUGAUGUACCAAAGACCUCUUAAAUCAGUUUUGUUGUAUGUUUUUCUGCCAUGCAUAAUAUGCAGUAGGCUAUGUAUUGGGACUCCUGUAGUUCCGUUGGUAGAGCAUGGCGCUUGCAACGCCAGGGUUGUGGGUUCGAUUCCCACGGGGGGCCAGUAUGAAAAAUUUAUGCACUCACUAACUGUAAGUCGCUCUGGAUAAGAGCGUCUGCUAAAUGACUAAAAUGUAUUGUAUAAUGGCACAAUCAUCAUUUUAAUUCAGUUUUGUAUUUUUUUCGGGCUUGGACUCAUAAGCAUAUGGGUGUUUUAGAAUGAAUCUUCACCUUAGAAAGCGGUGUCCAUUUUGUUGACACUGUUUCAACCUGCUGUUGAACUUAUUUUUUCAAAUUGAUCAUCACAGUGAGGUGAGUUUUGAAAGUAUGAUUGCUGUUUUGAUGAUAAGUGUUUGACGUGAUUUUCAAAUAUAUUAGCACUUUUCUUUAAAGUGACGACAUAAUGUGAUUAUGCAUGUAAUGCUUUAUUUUAAAGCUGCAUUUUUAUGGUGAAAAUGAUCUUCCCCAAACUUGAAACUCACCCGCAGCCUAUGCAUGGCAGUUAGGCUCUACACCGGUUAUAAAGCGGAUUAAUGUGCUUCAUUUUAAGAAGUUAUUUGGCACUUCAGUUGUAAUACAAACCUUAUCAAAACAUUUAAGUCUAUGGGCUAGACUAUAUGAGGUGUGCUACUAUGAUUUGAAGAAGUCGCAAAAAAAGGCAAGCUGUUUCUUGCCUUACUGCACAAGCUGGACAUCAUUCACAAGUGAUAAUAUAUAAUCCACAAGUGAUAGUAUUGUCACCCAUCAAACUAUUCUUAAUUUAGUGUUGUCUUUACAGAGUGCAUUCGGAAAGUAUUCAGACCCCUUGAAUUAUUCCACAAUUUGUUACGUUACAGCCUUAUUCUAAAAUGGAUUAAAUAAAUAAAACAUCCUCAUCAAUCUACACACAAUUACCCUAUAAUGACAAAGCGAAAACAAGUUUUUAGAUUUAUUUUAGGAUUGUGUCGAGGCACAGAUCUGGGGAAGGGUAGCAAAAAAUUUAUGCAGCAAGAACACAGUGGCCUCCAUCAUUCUUAAAUGGAAGAAGUUUGGAACCACCAAGACUCUUCCGCCAGGCCAAACUGAGCAAUCAGUGGAGAUGGGAGAACCUUCCAGAAGGACAACCAUCUCUGCAGCACUCCACCAAUCAGGCCUUUAUGGUAGAGUGGCCAGACGGAAGCCACUCCUCAGUAAAAGGCACAUGACAGCCCAUUUUGAGUUUGCCAAAAGGCACCUAAAGGACUCUGACCAUGAGAAACAAGAUUCUCUGGUCUGAUGAAACCAAGAUUGAACUCUUUGUCCUGAAUGCCAAGCAUCACAUCUGGAGGAAACCUGGCACCAUCCCUACAGUGAAGCAUGGUGGUGGCAGCAUCAUGCUGUGGGGAUGUUUUGCAGCGGCAGGAACUGGGAGACUAGUCAGGAUCGAGGGAAUGAUGAACGGAGCAAAGUACAUAGAGAUCCUUGAUGAAAACCUGCUCCAUAGCCCUCAGGACCUUAGACUGGGGUGAAGGUUCACCUUCCAACAGGUCAACAACCCUAAGCACACAGCCAAGACAACGCAGGAGUGUCCUUCGGGACAAGUCUCUGAAUGUCCUUGAGUGGCCCAGCCAGAGCCCGGACUUGAACCCAAUCGAACAUCUCUGGAGAGACCUGAAAAUAGCUGUGCAGCGACCCUACCCAUCCAACCUGACAGAGCUUGAAAGAAUCUGUAGAGAAGAAUUUGAGAAACUCCCCAAAUAAAGGUGUGACAAGCUUGUAGUGUCAUACCCAAUAAGAAAAAAAGACGUAUCAUCUAUGCACUUAAAUAACGAAGGGAGGACGCUUUUCCCGUGGUUCAUUUUCAGCCACGUAGGCUUAUACUCCUGUUGUAAAGUGACGCAAUGUGCUUAAUAUUAGGAAAGUUGAUUAGCCUAUAGAAAGCUUAUAGGAUCCUCCUUUUCUCACGCAAUUGCAUAGCCUAUAGAAAUGUUGCGCAACAUGAAGCUCAUGGACGCUCAUGAAGUCUUUUGAUUAGAUUUUCGAUUACAUUUGCAUUAAUGUCAGUGAUUAGAGGGACAAUAGAGUGCUGAGUACCAGGCAGUUUGCAAGUUUGGUAGGCUACUAAUGACCAUCAGCAGCAUCAGAGCUUGGAGGACCCUAAUUACCGUGACUAAACCGUCACAUGAAAUUUGACUGCAAUCAUGACUUGUGACUGUUGGUGUGGUGGAAAUACGAUCACCACAACAGCCCUAGUGAUACACUGCAGCCGUUAUGCACCAGAAAGCUCACAGCAAUAAUAAUAUGCCAUUUAGCAGACACUUUUAUCCAAAGCGACUUAGUCAUGCGUGCAUGCAUUUUACAUAUGGGCGGUCCCGGGAAUUGAACACACUACCCUGGCGUAACAAGCACCAUGCUCGACUCACUGAGCUACAAAGGACCACAGCACAUCGACUGUCUGUCACCGGUCUAUCAGUGUUGAGCUGCAGAUAUAUCUGGAAGCACAGUGCUAACACUUGCUAUUUGUAAAGGUGUCUGCCUAUGAACUUGAGAGCAGAGGACCUGGCCAGUGGGGUGCUGAGGGACAGGGCCAAGGUGGGAGCUAGCCUCGCUGACGUGGACCCCAUGAAUCUGGACACCUCAGUGAAGUUUGACAGCGUAGGAGGGCUGUCCAACCACAUCCAGUCCCUGAAGGAGAUGGUGGUCUUCCCACUCCUCUACCCAGAGGUCUUCGAGAGGUUCAAGAUACAGCCACCAAGGUAAAGAGCAAAGCCACCUGGAAACUCGCAUGUAUUCAUGUUCAGACAUAUCAAGCAUGUAUCCUUCUUUGUUUGCAAUUUAUAACUGUUAUUUAAUUUCAAGACAGAUGAGGAAAAACUGAAUGGUUACAAUGUGUAGUUCCUCGGUCAAUAAAAGUGAGACUUGUUAUUUACCUGUCUCUCUGUCUCUCUCUGCCCCCCUCCUCUCCUACAGAGGGUGUCUGUUCUACGGCCCACCAGGUACAGGGAAGACCCUAGUAGCGCGGGCUUUGGCCAACGAGUGUAGUCAAGGUGACAAGAAAGUGUCUUUCUUCAUGAGGAAGGGCGCUGACUGCCUCAGCAAGUGGGUCGGCGAAUCAGAACGACAGCUACGCCUGCUCUUCGACCAGGUGAGCAUGAGCCAAGGCUUAUCAGUUGGACAGCGUCAUGGACUUUAUUUAGUGAAUUCCCUGUGUGUGUUUGUAGUGUGCUUACUUGGACCAGUUGCCAUCCGGAACACUGUCUUUUUAGGCUAGCUGAUGCACCUGUAGUCCAAAGUAGAGGUGUUCAGUUGGACCUGUUCCGAAAUGGACCUGGGGCUUUCCCACCCGGACCCGAAAUGCAUAAAUUAAUUCAAAAAAAUAUAGAGACCCGUGAGCGAGUGACACAGGCAGGAGGGAGAGAUGGCAACCAACCAAGCCGACUCGAACUAUAGUAGACUAAUGCUGCCACAGCUAGGUUAUUUAUAAUCAAAUAUGAGUAAGUAGUACCUGUCUUGACUGCAUCAAACCUGGAGAAGCUAGUUAAGCUAGCUAACGUUAGCUAGCUAGGCUAACUGAGGCUGCAGUGCAUGCGCUUUCUCAUCUUACAGUUACAAAUAACAACAACCCCAUUCAGAAUAUAAAGUAGCAGACUACCUGUUGGCUCUUUGGUCGUUUGAAAUCCUUCUCCUUUAACAUUUAAUUUCGUAAUUUUAAUUCCAUCCAUUGAUUAGAUACACUACAUGACCAAAAGUAUGUGGACACCUGCUCGUCGAACAUCUCAUUCCAAAAUCAUGGGCAUUAAUAUGGAGUUGGUCCCCCCUUUGCUGCUAUAACAGCCUCCACUGUUCUGGAAAGGCUUUCCAUUAGAUGUUGGAACAUUGCUGCGGGGACUUGCUUCCAUUCAGCCACGAGCGUUCGUGAGGUCGGGCACUGAUGUUGGGCGAUUAGACCUGGCUCGCAGUCGACGUUCCAGUUAAUCGCCAAGGUGUUCAAUGGGGUUGAGGUCAGGGCUCUGUGCAGGCCAGUCAAGUUCUUCCACACCGAUCUCGACAAACCAUUUCUGUAUGGACCUCGCUUUGUGCACGGGGGCAUUGUCAUGCUGAAACAGGAAAGGACCUUCCCCAAACUGUUGGCACAAUGUUGGAAGCACAGAAUGUCAUUAUAUGCAGUAGCGUUAAGAAUCUCCUUCACUGGAACCAAGGGGCCUAGACCGAACCAUGAAAAACAGCCCCAGACCAUUAUUCCUCCACCACCAAAGUUUACAGUUGGCACUAUGCAUUGGGGGAGGUAGCGUUUUCCUGGCAUCCGCCAAACCCAGAUUUGUCCGUCAGACUGUCAGAUGGUGAAACGGGAUUCAUCACUCCAGAGAAAACGUUUCCAUUGCUCCAGAGUCCAAUGGGGGCGAGCUUUACACUACUCCAGCCGACGCUUGGCAUUACGCAUGGUGAUCUUAGGCUUGUGUGCUGCUGCUCGGCCAUGAAAACCCGUUUCAUGAAGCUCCGGACUAACAGUUAUUUUGCUGACGUUGCUUCCAGAGGCAGUUUGGAACUCGGUAGUGAGUGUGGCAACCGAGGACAGACGAUUCUGUGAGCUUGUGUGGCCUACCACUUCGCAGCUGAGCCGUUGUUGCUCCUAGAUGUUUCCACUUCACAAUAACAGCACUUACAGUUGACUGGGGCAGCUCUUGUUGGAAAGGUGGCAUCUUAUGACGAUGCCAUGUUGAAAGUCACUGAGCUCUUUAGUAAGGCCAUUCUGCUGCCAAUGUUUGUCUAUGGAGAUUGCACGUCUGCGUGCUUGAUUUUAUACACCUGUCAGCAACGUGUGUAGCUGAUUAGAGCCAAACCCACUAAUUUCAAGGGGUGUCUUCAUACUUUUGUAUGUAUAGUGUUUCGCCUAACUUUUGCCACACACGGAGCGAGGCUCUAUGACUGUAGCCUAUUGCCGCUUUGAUGAUUGGCCAACAACAAGCUGCACGCGCCACGCUCUACUCACGUGAAAAGCAAGAGCAGCAGCAUAAAUGAUACAAUUUCUCUCUAUCUAUCUAUCUUAUCUUAUCUAUCUUAUCUAUCUUAUCUUAUCUAUCUCCACUGCAGCAGUCGUGUUCUGAUCUGUAUGGGCCCUUCCAGACAAGUCAGUUAGAAUUACACAUACCCGUGACAUUAUUUAGAAUUCUGGAUCUGGACCCACUUGGGUCCCGGAUCGGGUCUUGUGUAUUCGGGUACAGAUGGAUCCGUAAAGACCUCUAGUCCAGAGUGUUCUUACCUUGUGAGAGUUGUUAGACUUUGUUAACUCAAAAUGAUACAACGACUAGAUUCCAGUUUAACAAUGUUAACUUCACCGUAUUUCCACAGUACAUAGUUGCCAUUGCACUCAGGCCAGGUCCAUCCACAGUGAGACACUGCACAGGCGUACUAAUAGGAGUGAUAGCACCGUACUAACAGAAAUAUAGGGAUACUUAACAUUCACUUAAUAGACAUGAUAAUUGUGUGACGGUUGUGUGUUCCUCUCUCUACUAGGCAUACCUGAUGAGGCCCUCCAUAAUCUUCUUUGAUGAGAUAGACGGGCUGGCCCCAGUGCGCUCCAGCAGACAGGACCAGAUACACAGGUACUAUAUGAAGCAGGAGUAGCAGUUUGGUUUAGACAUCUCCAUUUGGUGAUGGUUUCUGAUACUCAAAGGUAGUGAUCAGUUUUUACUAUGGUUUGACCAUACUCACUCUCUUCCCUCUCUCCCUCACUAUCACGCUCUCCUUUCCUCCUCCAGCUCCAUAGUGUCCACUCUGCUGGCGUUGAUGGACGGCCUGGACAGCCGAGGGGAAAUGGUGGUGAUCGGUGCUACCAAUAGACUGGACUCCAUAGACCCUGCUCUACGGAGGCCUGGACGCUUUGACAGGGAGUUCCUCUUCAACCUGCCUGACAAGAAGGUGAGGGAGUGGGGAAGUGACCAACUUCAACACACCUGCCAAUAGGAAUCAUGUAUAGGAUUAUGGCACAAUUAAUGCAUUAUGUUGGUACUGUGUUGAUACUGUAAUCCCAAUAAUUUAAAGUAUGUCUGUGGCUGGCAUAGUAUGCUUUUGAAGUUUUAUCCUUGUUUAGGAUAAACAAGGAUGACACUCUCUGUGUGUGUGUGUGUGUGUACUCCACACAUUAGUCCCAGCUUAGUGUUUUUCUGUGUCUGUCCCAGACCAGCAGUGUGUGUGUGUGAGACUGUGUCUGUCCCAGCCCAGCAGUGUGUGAGACUGUGUCUGUCCCAGCCCAGCAGUGUGUGUGUGAGACUGUGUCUGUCCCAGCCCAGCAGUGUGUGAGACUGUGUCUGUCCCAGCCCAGCGGUGCAUAGCAAUCAGUCAACCUCCUCAGCAGAGAGACACACACACUAGGGUUGGGCGAUAUUACGACAAUGAUUGACGACAUCGUGACGGGAUAGACAAUGGUUUAGCCUACUUGAACUUGACUGGCGCCCUGCAGUAAAGAACGGAGUCUCGCAGGGCAGCACAGCAGGGCAGCACACAAGUGACAUUGAGUCAUUUAUUUGCCUAUUACCAUUUGCUAUAGCCUAUUUCAAUAAAUGUGUGAUACAGAACGCAGGAGAGGAAUGUAGGUCAGACAGAGUGGAGAAUUCCACCAAAGCAGUGUCCAGUCAGAAAAUAUUGUUUCUCUCCAUCUCUGUCGGAUGCAUGGGCAUUAGGCUAGAGCUUAAACCUAUUAAAAAUAUAUAUAUAUAACGUACACUCCUUAACUAUCUUGUGUUUAGCUUCUUUUUUUAUUUUUACCAAGCCUAUAUUACCUUCUCUCUCCGUUCGAUAGGCUAUGAAUAUCACUGAAGGCUACACUCUCUGUUCGAUAGGCUAUGAAUAUCACUGAAGGCUACACUCUCCGUUCGAUAGGCUAUGAAUAUCACUGAAGGCUACACUCUCCGUUCGAUAGGCUAUGAAUAUCACUGAAGGCUACACUCUCCGUUCGAUAGGCUAUGAAUAUCACUGAAGGCUACACUUCAUCAUUUUAUGUAUGGAUUUCUCCUGGUCAAACAAUGAAUCUCAAAGUUAUUUGAAGCCUAAGACUGUAAGGUAGCCAGGAGACUAAUAAUGAGAGACAAUAAAUAAAAUCUAAUGACAAGUUUAAUCUUAUUAAGAAAGAUGUGAUCAUGCGGGCUGGGAAAAUCCCUCCAUGCGAGGUUGAAAACCAAAUGGCCAAUAACCCGUCCUCAUUCCUCCUACUGGCCUUAUCAUACAAGCUUUAAGACAAGUUGAAGUUAUGAACAGUAGCUUAUUUCCCAAAUAUUCUAGCCUAUGAAGGUGUUGUCCUGAAGUUGUGGCUUACAAGAAUGAAAGUCUAUACAGCCUAGGCAUAGGCUAUUCUCAAUCACAGCUUUAUGAUGAUAGAACAAACAAUAUUAUUUAUUUGUCUGUUAUUUUGAGGCAAACAAAGCAAUUAUUAUCCAGUUGUGAAGACUAGACUGCUUCUAUCCAGCCCGUGAUGUCACUACGGUAAGACGGCCCGUUCCUCACUGCUCCAUCACAGCGCGCCACACACACAAACCUGCUCCAUGCUGAAGCCCGUCCACCAGAAAGGACUAUUAGAAAAAUAUUUGCCCGCACUUACCCUCUGCCCAGGCUUUCAACAACAGUAUCUUUCGUCAUGAUUCGUCCAGUUUCAUUCAAUUACGCCCUAUAGCCCAUCUGUCGUUUUAGUAGAGUUUCAAAAAUAGGGUUGGCCAAUAGGGGGCGAUAACAUCACAAUGUUUUAUGGUUACAUAAUCACAAUAGGGUUGGGCGAUGUCAACCUUUUGCGCGCACACACACACACACACACACACACACACAGAGGGAGACAGCCGGCAGAGAGAGAUUUUGGUGACCAAAAACCCACUGGUGUGAGCAGGGUCGUUUUAUUUAUUUAUUAAACAUUUCUCUCUCCCUUUAUUUCUCUCUCCUUCUUUCUGUCUUUCUCUUUCUUCGUCUUUUUCUCUCUGUCCCUAGGCCCGAAGGCAAAUCCUUGAGAUCCACACUCGGGACUGGAACCCCAGACUGGCUGAGCAGUUUGUGGACGAGCUGGCCGAGAAAUGUGUCGGUAAGAGAGACUGACUUAUAUUUACUUACAUUUAUUAACGUUUACAACUUUAACUUUAUGUUUAGUCUACUUCCUUUUCUGUUCAUUCAUUUAACCCGUCCACUCCCUUGCUCCAGGUUACUGCGGAGCCGACAUCAAAGCACUUUGCACAGAGGCGGCCCUGGUGGCACUGCGCCGGCGAUACCCCCAGAUCUAUGGCAGCAGUGUUAAGCUGCAGCUGGAUGUCAGGUAACCAUGGAGAGGAGGAGAAGUCCGUAUUAAUAGACAGGAAUCCAUCAUCUUGUCUGUAUGGGGCGAAUCCUAACUUCCACUUAAGUUUAAUUUCCAUGUAGCCUCCCAUUGACAUCAAAGCAUGGUUAAUACAACGUUUGACUGAAGUGGAAGUUAGAAUUGUCCCCUAACUCUUUAUAAUCUGCUGACACUGAAUUUAUAUUCUGGAUCAAGUAUUGAUUUAUUGAUCUAUCUGUCUCUAUCAGUACCAUCGUGCUAGGGCCUGGGGACUUCAGCCGCGCCCUGCGUACCAUCGUCCCAGCCUCCCAGAGAGCCCAGGCCCCUCCAGGCCGAGCCCUGGCCCCCAACAUACGCCCCCUACUGGCCAACACACUGGCCACAGUGCUGGAGGUCCUGCUCCGAGUCUUCCCCCAUGCAGAAUCACAGCACAGGGAGAGUAGAGGAGGUACGGGAUUGCUCUUUCUGUCCAUCUGUCUCUUUUUGCCUCCUCUUUUUCCCCUCUCUCUUCCUCUCCUCUUCUCUUCUCUUCUCUUCUCUUUUUCUCUCUCUCUCACACCCCAUAUCUGCUGGGAGUUGUACUGUCUCUCAUGCUUAUUUAAUAACUUCCAUUUAGCACUCCACAGUCCUCCCUAAUAAACCAUGAUGUCUCUACUAAUAAGACCAGAGCUUUCUCAAUUUUUUUUCCCCCUUGCUGGAGCAAUUUCUGCUCAAGGGGCUGUUAAUAUAAGUUAUUUUAAAUUGUAAGGACUUGAACAUAUUUUUGUAGACAUAUUAUAAAACUUCACAUCCGGCUUCUUCACCUGCGGGGUCGUCUGAGACCAGCCACCCGGACAGCUGAUGAGGGUUUGCACCACCAAAGGAUUUCUGCACAAACGGUCAGAAACCGUCUUAGGGAAGCUCAUCUGCGUGCUCGUUGUCCUCACCAGGGUCUUGACCUGACUGCAGUUCGGCGUCUUAACGGACUUCAGUGGGCGAAUGCUCACCUUCGAUGGCCACUAGCACGCUGGAGAAUUGUGCUCUUCAUGGAUGAAUCCCGGUUUCAACUGUACCGGGAAGAUGGCAGACGGCGUCUAUGGCGUAGUGUGGGCGAGCGGUUUGCUGAUGUCAACAUUGUGAACAGAGUCCCCCAUGGUGGCGGUGGGAUUAUGGUAUGGGCAGGCAUAAGCUACGGACAAUGAACACAAUUGCAUUUUAUUGUUGACAAUUUGAAUGCACAGAGAUACCGUGACGAGAUCCUGAGGCCCUUUAUGAUAACGCAUAGCACCAUGUCGCAAGGAUCUGUACACAAUUCCUUGAAGCUGAAAAUGUCCCAGUUCUUCCAUGGCCUGCAUACUCACCAGACAUGUCACCCAUUGAGCAUGUUUGGGAUUCUCUGGAUCGACGUGUACGACAACAUGUUCCAGUUCCCGACAAUAUCCAGCAACUAAGCACAGCCAUUGAAGAGGAGUGGGACAACAUUCCACAGGCCUCAAUCAACAGCCUGAUCAACUCUAUGCGAAGGAGAUUUUCACGCUGCUUGAGGGCAAAUCAGAUACUGACUGGUUUUCUGAUCCACGCCCCAACUUUUUUUAAAAGUAUUUGUGACCAACAGAUGCAUAUCUGUAUUUCCAGUCAUGUGAAAUCCAUAGAUUAGGGCCUAAUUUAUGUAUUUCAAUUGACUGAUUUCCUUUAAAUGAACUGUAACUCAGUAAAAAUCUUUGAAAUUGUAGCAUGUUGCGUUUAUUUUUGUUCAGUGUCAAUCCAACAUCUGAGUUUUGAUGUCAGUUUUAUUUCUAGGCGGCACACACAGUUUGUCUGACAGUAUUUCCUCCUGUCCUUCCUUCCUUCCUACUAGACGUUGACAAUCAUCUGCUAGAGGAGGAGUUCAGUGAAGACGAGACAGACGUAGCAGCUCCCUCCAUCUACAACCUACAGCCUGGAUCCCCAAAGACACACACACACCCCUCCUCUACUGCACACACACCCUUCCUACACUUCACCACGUGAGUCUGACUGCAGAACACACCUAGCCUCUACCCAUAGACACACACACCCAACUGUAUCAUGGCAUUUUAUUGCCACCUUGUGGCCACAAGUAGAAUGACAGGAGUUAAGUCGAAGUUAAACCAUUAGUCAUCCUUCAGUCCUGUCAUCAAUACAGGAGAGGGAAGAGAAAUGUUCUCUAUUAGAUUCACAUCAAUCUAGGAGGAACCUUAUCUGCUAUAGAUGGCUAAUAUGUUUAAAUAUUAUGAAAUAUGAUUAUGGACAUUAUAGUCCUCUAACAGUUUUAUCAAUCAACUGGAGACUGAUAGCCUAUUUGGUAAUGUAAGGACACAUUUAAAAGAUAGAAGCUGAUUAUCCCUCUCUUCUCCUCCCUCCAGAUCAGCUCUCCAUCAGCCCACGUCGUACCGGCCUCGACUGCUGCUGGCGGGUCCCCCCGGCUUGGGACAGGGUUCUCACCUGGCCCCUGCUGUGCUACACCACCUGGACAAG